ACGAUCAAUAGCGUAGCCGUAAAUGGCGGAGCACGAGCUACACGGUGAUGGAUGAGCUGCCAGAUUGAAAUUUAGCCGUUUUUCCCCUGUUAUUGCCAGGCAUCGCCAGGAUGACAUGCUGUAGCCCGAAAGGAUGUUACUCGGAGGACUCCAUAGAGAAACCCUGGUCGUGGGUUGUGCUGGUUGCAGGUUUCGGCUUGUUCCUCAUCUUUUCCGUUGUCCUGACGCCAGCAAUCUAUUACCUCUCCUUCUACGAAGUGUUUGGCUCAAGCAAGCUUGUCACGUCUUGGAUAGGCUCUCUGACAGUUUUCUCUAUGAUGUCUAUAGGGCCAGUGAGCAGCAUUCUGACCAAUCGGUUUGGAUGUCGUAUCGUCAUGAUCACUGGUAUCUUGCUUACAAGCGUCGGUCUCAUCCUGACGAUGUUUGCGACCUCAGUAUACUACACGUACUUAACCUUUGGCUGCCUCAUGGGAGUUGGCCUCGGACUUGUCUAUACCCCUACAGCCGCAAUGAUCAGUCUGAACUUCGAUAAACACCGGACUCUCGCGCUUGGUCUAGGAGCCAGUGGUAUUGCAGUGGGCAUGCUGGUUUAUCCGCUCAUCACUCGUGCCCUGAUUCAUCACUACGGCUGGAGAGGGUCUUUACUUUUGUUAGGAGGGAUAUAUCUCAAUGCCUUGCCACUAAGUCUCCUCAUCCAGCCCAUUGACAACACUGACAAGAAGACGCACCACAUGAAACAGGAGAAAUGGAGCAUAAAGAUAUUCAGUGAAAAGCGAUAUGUCUUUCUAUGCCUCGGUUAUCUCUUGAUAACUGGCUGCAUGGCUACAGUUUUCUUUUUUCUUCCGUCCUAUGCUGUGUCUCUAGGAGAGGACAACGACACUGCGAGUGUUCUGAUUUCCUAUAUGGGCGUGGCAUCCCUGGUUGGACGGAUCUUCUACUCUUUUCUCGGACACCAUAAGAAAGUCGACGUGAUGAUGGUCUUCUCAAUAACCUUCUUUUUCUCAAGCGUGAUCACAUUGAUGAGCCCACUGUUCACAAGUUUCACAGCCCUGGCUAUCUAUGGACCAGCGUAUACAUUCUUUGCAGCGCCUCAUACAGGGUACAUGACGGACCAAGUGAUCUCAACCAUUGGCAUCAAACAGCUGGUGUCAGGAAUCGGGUUCAUGAUGUUGUUUGCCGGGAUAGGGAACAUCACAGGUCCACCCCUGGCAGGUUUAGUGGUUGACAUUACUGGUGAAUACAGUUCUGCGUUCCUGUUCGUUGGUGCUAUGGACAUGGCUGGUGUAGCAUUUCUGGUUGCGUCAUGGCCGCGAUGGUAUAAAGGGUGCCAGCAUGCGUCUGACAGUUUCUCCAUUCCAGAGGAGAGGGCAGACAAAGUGGAACAGCAGAGUUGCAUGCUGCCGGCAGUUGAGGAUAAAAAAUCCAACAAAGAAGCAUGCGAAGAAGAUGUCAACCAUGUCGAAGAUGUCGUAACGAAACCCACCAUGCCGUGUAAGAAGUUCGGAAAAUGCUAUGCGGACGACUCGGUGGAGACGCCCUGGUCCUACGUGGUUCUGACGGCAGGCUUCUUCGUCUUCGUCCUCAUCGCCAUCAUCUACAUCCCCAGCGUCUAUUACAUCACAUUCUACGAGGUGUUCGAUGUUGGCAAGGGAACGGUGUCAUGGGUCGGAUCGCUCAUGGCCUUUUGCAUGAAGUUUAUAGGUCCCGUAAGCAGUGCCCUCACGAAUCGUUUUGGCGGUCGGCCGGUCAUGAUCACUGGAACAUUCCUCACUUCAAUCGGCCUCAUCACAAGCAUGUUUGCUGAAAGCGUCUUUCAUAUGUAUGGAACGCUGGGAGUUUUAUGUGGUUUAGGUUUGGGAUUACUAUUCGCCCCCACUAGUGCCAUGAUCGGACUUUACUUUGACAAGCACAGAACCCUUGCCAUUGGUCUCAGCGCCACGGGAGUAGGGAUGGGAAUGUUCAUAUACCCUCCCUUAGUCAGAUGGCUGAUCCACGAAUUCGGAUGGAGGGGCUCGUUUCUCAUUCUAGGAGGCAUCUAUCUGAAUGCCAUCCCCUUGACACUGCUGAUACAGCCAAUUGCAGAGACACCUGACGACCAUCCCACACAUCCAAAACAUGUCAAGCGAUUAGGUUGGAGUUUCCACUUGCUAAAAAGGAGAGAGUUCCUCUGCUUGUGUUUUGGGUACUUCACGACCAUGUUCUUUGCUACGACUGUUUUCCAUCACCUACCAUCGUAUGCCUACACUCUAGGAGUCCCAGCCGAUCAAGCCAGCAUGUUGCUAUCUGCUGUAGGAAUAGCAAGUAUUGUUGGAAGACUGUUUUUCUCAUUUUGUGGCCAGCACCCACGGGUAUCUGUCUCAAUAGCAUAUACUAUAGCCUUCAUAUGUGCAGGAAUCUUGACUUUCAUUUGUCCAAUGCUGCAUAGUUUCGUUGCAUUGUUGGUCUACGGACCAGCGUUCGGAUUCUUUGUAUCACCUAUAACUGGGUACAUGACAGACCAAGUGAUCGCCACUGUCGGUGUGCAGCAUCUCGUGGCUGGGAUAGGAUACGUCAUGGCGUUUGCUGGAUGUGGGAUCCUCAUCGGUCCUCCAAGUGCAGGGUGGUUGUUCGACAGGACCCAGAAUUACGUCUACUCCUUCCUAAUGGCCGGAUGUGUGAAUGUGAUUGGUGUGCUCUGUCUGUUUGGGACAUGGCCGUGUCUCAGGCAUCGACCCUUCCUCCUGUGCAACCUUCACCACUCUGAUGAGGAGAUGAAUGGGCAGCCGAACCAUCAUGACUCACCCAUGAAAAGGGAGAGGAACAGCGAAGAGUCGACCGACUCAGAGGAAAGGCAAGAAAUGCUGCACAAGAAUGUCACAAAAACCUCGCUAGUUAGCAAUGAUUCUGCGGCAGACAUGAAUGAUACGUAGAGGUGGCGUCACAUCAAGAGAGGACGACUACUCGAACCAAAAAUAGAGAGCUUCUUGCAAACCUAAACGUGACCCUGUGAAACAUAUGAUAAGAAGGCGAACUGUAAACGACCCUUGGAUUCCGCAGAAGACCAUGUAGCCAGGCCAAGUUUGGGUGAAUUGAACAAUUUUCAAAACUCCUCAAUCCCACUAGUUCGUUUUAACCUUCGAACAGAAGGACUUGAAGAUUAUUUGAAGAUCCUUUCGAAACUUUUUGCAACCUAAACAGUAAAUGUAAAAAUUGACGGAAGGGUUUAUAAACAACAGCAACACCAUUAUUUCAUAAAUCAGUUUCCUGACUAUGAUAGCCUUGGCUUUCGUCAUCCGAACACUGUCCAUGAUCAAGUUGGACGCCCAUUGGUCAAUCGUCCAUGGCAGGUUCGUGAUGAAGAAAAUGGAGGUGACAAGAAACAGAAGAAUGGUCACGUGACCGCCUGAACCAUCCUUUACCGUCUUCUUCAGCUCUGCCGUUCGGACUCGCGUUUGUAUGAGAGUACCCACAAUGCACGUGUUGGUCAGAGCAAUGCAACAAAAUGGCGUCGAUACAGAGCAAAUUGAGUAAAUAUUGUAGUAUUUAUGGAGAAAUCCCGGUGGAAAGAAACCAGGACGAAACGCGCAUAUUUCUUUUAUGAUGGUUGCGGUGGGGUCCAUGGUUCGGAACAGAUUGGGAACUUGUAAACCAAGACAGACCAUGAAUAUUAUAGCCACUGUCACUCGGGCUUUUUUCUUAGUACACCAUACUACCGCCUUCAGAGGAAACCGGACGGCUAUUAACCGGUCACAUGACAUAGCCACAAUGGUCCAGUUUGAUAAUCCGUAGAAAUUCAGCGCGACGAACCAUAGCAUGGGACAUACGACAGGACCAGCGACAGCCCCAAGCAUGAACUUCGGAUGGUAGUUGAUGACAGCCCGAAGUACGACAUGUCCUAGGAGGAGAUAACUGUCGAAGACGGACAGGCAUCGCAUGUAGAAGCAAGUGGUUUGCUUGGCGUAGUGGGGUUGCCGGAGAACUAGGAAAGAUAGGGUGUUUCCAACGACCCCGCCGACGAUUACGAAGGGAGGCAGAAUGAGAUUAAUGGUCAUGAAGACUGCGGCGAAGAGCGCUUCCUCUGCAGGUGAUAACGCAGGUGAAGCCACGAUGGAAACUGAUUCAAUUUCAUUGGGCGCGGUAGUCAUGUUGGAUCUCUCGACGAGAGAAGCUUAAAUGACUAAAACUCACUUAAAUCCUGCAUGUAAGAGCAACUUUAUGACGUUCUCCAGUUGGCGCUUGAAGGUCGAGACACGUUAAACACCCACGCAGUUGUCGAUUUGCCCGCGCUAGUGAUAUAAGUAUUUAACUAAAAGCGGGGGAAAACGUAGAGACACGUGAGCUGAAAAUACAUAUACAGUAUCUCCGGUAAAACUUUUCAUUUUCAAAGAGACUUACAGUAGAUAACAGCGUAGUACACAACUUGGUCGAGGUGAAAAGGCAGGUGGGCUUCUUGGUGGCUACAGAAGAGAUGUUAAUCAACUCUUGCAAUCGAAAGAUAACAUGGAUUACAUGUACAUGUACCAUUCGAAUUCGAAAAUUCGGCCAAAGCAUAUGGCGCCUCCUCCCGCAACUGAAUCUAAGCUAUCAGUUAAAUUCGAAGGCUACGCUGCCGUGCGAGUCCACUAAGCGCUACUCCACCGAUACAC